AGAGUAUCUGCCCAUGUGCGUCAUAUUUUCGCACUGACUGUUGGCCUGGCCUUUGGCUACUUUUGCUUUGGCCCACAAGCCGUACAUAUCGCAGGACUUCCAGCCGUUUGCUACAUUGUCAUACGUACACAGAGUCCACGCGUGGUGCAACGUAAUGUUAUGCUAGUCGCGAUGACUUACCUCUUGUGCAUCCACCUGAUUAGGCAAAUCUACGACUAUGGCUCCUAUUCGCUGGACAUCACCGGUCCACUAAUGAUAAUUACACAAAAAGUUACAAGUUUAGCGUUUAGCAUACACGAUGGCUUUGUGCGUCAGCAUAAGGACCUUACAAAAGCACAACAAUAUCACGCCGUUUAUAAGCUUCCAUCGGCGCUCGAGUAUUUCUCGUACGUUCUGCACUUCCAAGGCCUAUUGGCCGGCCCAUUGGUAUUCUACAAAGACUACAUUGACUUUGUCGAAGGCUACAAUCUACUCAAACGACCAUCGACCAAUGGCAAUUUAGAUAAUGGCAAAACAGAGCUGGUACUGGAGCCUUCGCCCACAAAAGCGGUCAUCAAGAAAGUCAUCGGCAGCAUGGUGUGCGCCUUCAUAUUUAUGAAAUUCGUGAAAAUGUAUCCCAUUAAGAAUAUGAAAGAGGACGAUUUUGUGGAGAACACCUCAAUGGCAUAUAAAUUUUGGUAUGCCAUGAUGGCGACAUCGUGCAUACGCUUUAAAUAUUAUCAUGCAUGGCUACUGGCCGAUGCCAUAUGCAAUAAUUCAGGUCUGGGCUUUACCGGCUACGACAAGGAUGGCAACUCCAAAUGGGAUUUGAUAUCAAAUAUUAGUGUGCUGGGCUUUGAGUUUGCCACAAAUAUGCGCGAUGCAAUUAGCAAUUGGAACUGUGGCACAAAUCGCUGGCUGCGCACCAUUGUCUAUGAACGUGUGCCGCAACAGUAUGGCACUGUAUUGACAUUCGCCCUGAGCGCUGUUUGGCACGGUUUCUAUCCUGGUUACUAUGUGACAUUUGCCACCGGCGCAAUGAUGGUCACCGCCGCGCGCAUGGCUCGCCGCAUGUUCCGCCAUCGCUUCCAGCGCACCCAGUUUACACGUAUGUUUUAUGACAUACUGACAUGCCUGACUACACGCCUAGUGAUGAGUUAUGCAACAUUCCCAUUUGUUCUGCUUGAAUUCAUGGGCAGCAUUAGAUUGUACCUGAAAUUUUAUUUGUGCCUUCACAUAGCCGCACUAAUUACCACUUUUAUUUUACCUAAAUUCAUACGCGGGGAGCGACGCGCCUCCACAACAAUACAACAACCAAGUGAUGAAAAAUUCAAGUCCAACCACUCUAGCACCGUCACAUUGCCGGCGGGCGCCGAAGCUGCAGCGGGCGUUAUUAGCGACAUCACCGGAAAAAUACCUCAAGGCAAUGAAAAUGAUCUCAACGAUGAUGAUAGUGACGAUGAUAACCUCAACGCUCCAGCGAUCAAAACGACUAAAAGUUUGCCACCGCCACCAGCAUUGCUGUCAAGUGUAGCGUGUGCACGCGAAGCGGUCAGUGUCAAGCAUGAAGAGUGUGAAAUGGAUCAAUUGGGUAAUAAGCUUAAGGAGAAAAUCGGUACAGAGACAAAGAAUAUUGAAGAAUUUAUUGAUAAGACUGUAGCAGAAACGGUGAGCGGCAUCGUCGAGCUGAAGAAAGAUUUGAUGCGCAAUCAUGGUUUCCAUACUCGACCGCACAUAACACACCAAGAUGGCCUGCGUAAGCGUGUUGGCAUUGCUGCGGCUGUGACGACAGCAGGUGGUAGUAGUGGCAACGAGACAAUUGACAAGCUAGUUAAUGGUGUUGAAGAGAGUGGCGCCUUCUUGAAGAAAGAAAUCGAGGUUAUUAAUGCCGUGGUGCAGCAGGCAAAUGUCUUACCGGCUGUGCUGAGCAAUGGACAUGCUAAAUAGUAAUAAAUGCCACAAGCAUUUAGAGUAAGAAGAGCUAGACGACGACGAGGAUGGCGAUGACUACCAAGUUGACAAGAGGAAGUGGAAAAUGGUGGGGGCGAAACGCAGGAAGCUGCUGCUGCCCGAAAUAGUUGCAGCAGUAGCAAUUAGGCGACGAAGGGGGAUGACAAGGAAGUUAAUUAAACAAUGUAGAUUAUGUAGAUUGAAAGCUCAGCUCAUUUAAGUUAAAGACGGCGACAUGAAACAAACUGGCUUGCGGAAAAUUCAGCGGAAAUCUUAAAAAAAGGAAACACACCACAUAAGAACACUACGAAUACGCACUUAUUCACACGCACACAUACUCACUUCCAUAUUGGCACAAAAUUUACAGAGUUAUACAAAGCAAAGAGGGGACAACAAAAUUGCUAAAAAGUUAAAAAGUAAUAAUAAUAAGAAAAGCCGCGCUUUGUGGCAAUUUUUUCGUUUUUUAAAAAACAAAAUUUACAAAUGGUCAUCAAAUUUGUUGUAUGUAUGUAUAUCAGCUGCUUAAUUUCGCAAUAUUAUGUACGUAUGUACUAUGUUAUUUAUGCAUUGAACAAAACUUAUCAUUUAAAAUACACGCUUUAUACUAAUUUUAUCUUUAAUUUAUUAUUAUUUGUUUUUCUGUUUUAAGUUCCUACACAAAUUAUUAUAUGGGCUAUGUUUAUUUCGCACUUACAAAAAAAAAACAACAAACAAAAACGGGUUGCAUAUAUUUGCAAUGCUGAAACGUUUAUAAAACCCAAUUUUGACAUACAUACUUUGAAUAAAACUGGAGACAAAAUGAAAGUUUUAACUCAUAAAUAUUGAA